AUGGUUCUAUUAUUUCUUUUCAUUAAACUGUUUUUUCUACCUAUUUCUGUUUCACUUAAUUGUAUUGAAGGUCCAAAUUGUCAUAUUAAAUUUGGUUUCAAUCAAACAGUACCUAGUCAUAAAAAAUUUCUUGAAAUAUGUUCUACUAUUGAAAUUCCAUCAUGUUCUGUAUUUCUUAAAAUUGAUUAUGAUAAUCAACAAGUAGAUAUUUCAUUUGAAAAAACAUCAAAACAUACACAAUCGCCAUAUCCUUUCAUUGAUCUUCUUACAACAAAUCCUCAAGCUUCAAUUAUUCUUCGUUAUACUGUCGAAGUUAAAGUUCAUCAUAAUAAUAAAAUUCAAUUAUAUGUUUUACUUCAAUGUCAAACUCAUGAUCAAUGUACAGAACGGCAAUUGCGUCAUUUUUGGCCUCGUUUUAUUUCAUUAAAUAAUCGUCGAAAUAGUCUUAGUCGUUUUUAUAAUUUUCUUUUUUUAAAUGCAUCGAAUUUUAUCAAUUGUUUUGAUGAUCAAGCAAAUCAAACAGUACAAUGCUCAGUAUUUGAUAAUAAUAAAUGUUGGGCAUCAACUCAUAGUGAACGAAAAUGUAUAAAAUAUAAUAUAAACCAUCCUAAUUAUUUUAUCUAUUCGUACAAUAAAGUUGAUCGACCACAUCAAUUAACAGAUGAGCAUGUUCAUUAUACAUUGGAAUGUCAUGUAAAUAAUUGCAAUAAUGAUGAAAAUAUUAGACAACUUAGUGUUUUGGCUCGUCAAUUUGCUGAGAAUUCACGAUUAAUGAAUAAUGUAACAGAUCAAGAAAGAUCACACGAUAAAUCAUUUACUAUCAAACUUGCUGUUCGUUGGCUUGUUGAAGAACGUUUAACUAAUUUCGAUUAUUAUUUUGAUGAUUCGUCACCAAAUGCUAUCGAUUCACAAGGUUUUAUACCGAUAACAAAAGUACAAUUACAUUGUGGAGCAAAAUUUGAUGAUUUACUAGAAGUAUUACCGGCAACAUUGCGUCAAGAAUGA